GGCGCAAUCGACUAAAAUUUCGAAGAUGUAGUCCUUAAGGAUCUUGAAGUCGACAAAGAUGGAAGAACGACAAGCCACUUGCGAUGGCUGAGACUAAUGCUGACAAGGCGACGGCCAAGAUGUCAAGCGCUGAGCUUAGCCCAGUCCCAAGCCACUUCGGGUCAACAGCCGACAACAAGGGCACCGACAUUAGCACCUCGGAAGCCCAAUCGCCAUCUGGACUCGAUGCACUAGAUGACACUGCGAUUGUCGAAGAGGAAGCUCACGAUGACCCUGAGAUCGCCCAACUUCCACUCAUCGUGCGCCAAACCGUUUCUUUGGAAGAUGAUCCCACUCUCCCAACAAUCACCUUCCGCUACUUCGUUCUCUGCAUCUUGUUCAUCGUUCCUGGAGCCUUCCUGUCGCAGAUGAGCCACUACCGUACGACCCAAGCGCCAUACUCAGUCUUCUUCGUACAAAUCGCUUGUCAUUACGUCGGUCAUGGGCUUGCGAAGGUCUUGCCAGCCUGGCAGAUCAACCUGCCUUUUGGCUACGGUUUCAACUUGAAUCCGGCACCGUGGAGCAUCAAGGAACAUGUUCUUGUUACUCUAACUGCGGCAUCGGGUGCGACUUACAACCUGGGAUACACGCCAAUCUCCAUGGCCGAGUUGUGGUACGACACCAGGAUCAAUCCCGCCGUGGCUAUCUUCUUCAUGUUAGCCAUUGUCUGGGUGGGCUACGCUAUCGCUGCAAUCGCUCGUUCCCUGCUGUUAUGGGAGCCUGAGUAUGUAUGGCCUCAAGCGCUUAUGCAAACCACUCUGUUCGAGACCUUCCGCAAGCAGGACCGCAACAGUCCAUUGGCCAAACGACAGAUGCACAUCUUUUUUCUGUGCCUUGUUGGAAUGACGCUCUGGCAGUUCCUACCGGAAUACGUCUUCCCAAUGACUUCCUCGCUUGCAUUUCUGUGCUGGGUCGCCCCAAGGAAUCCUGUCGCCAACUUCAUCGGAUCUGGCCUCGGAGGUAUGGGUUUCAUGAACCUAAGUCUCGAUUGGUCCAACAUAAACUGGAAUGGUACCUCUAUCUUGAUCACACCAUUUUGGACACAGACAGUUCUCUUCCUUGCCUUCGCAUUCAAUUGCUGGGUUCUACUUCCAGCCGCUAAGUGGGGAAGUCUAGGCUCCUACAAACAUGGAUUGAUGUCCAACUCACUGCUCUUGGCAAAUGGCACUAAGUAUCCAACCGCCAAGAUUUCCACCAGCGACUUUAGUCUGAACGAGACUGCCUGGGAGGAGUAUGGUCCGGCCUACAUGGGGCUGCAGUUCGCCUGGGCCACUUUUUUCAACUAUGCCAAGCUGCCAUCAGCUUUUGUCUGGCUGGCUACCUUCGGAGGACCAGCCAUUCUAGCAACACUUGGAAAGAACAUGGCCGCGCGGAAAGCUCGCAGCGAAGCCAAAAAGGGGCAAACUUCUGCCGGUGCUGAGGAACCGAACAUCCACCACCAGUACACUGAUCGCCUGAACAUUCUCCAGCGGUCGUACAAAGAAGUCCCUGGAUGGUGGUUCGCAGCGUUGUUCCUAGCUGGCUUUGUCAUCUUGCUUGCUAUUGUCGGAUCCGGCCAACUCUUCAUCCCUUGGUGGACAGUGAUCGUUGGUGUCGCGACCGGUUUCAUCGUUGUCGUCCCUCUGGGCUACCUUUACGCAAUUUCCAACUAUCAAGUCGCAAUCGGCGACUUCAACGAGCUAAUCUACGGCUAUAUGGUACACACCGCUGCGGGAGCCGGUCACCAUCAUCCUUGCGGGCCUUCCGUUUACGGAGCCAUUGCAGGCGAUGCGUGGUACAGAGCACAGUACAUGUUGCAAGAUCAACGCAUCGGGCAUUACAUGCACAUUCCACCACGGACCGUCUUCUUCAGCCAAGUUUUUGGAAGCAUCCUGGGCAUACCGAUCAAUUACGGUGUGAUUCGCUGGGUCCUCAAUACGAAAUUCGACUACCUAUCUGGCGCAAAGACAGACCCUCUACAUCAAUGGACCGGACAAAGUCUGGUGAGCAGUAAUACUAUCGGCGUGCAAUACGCCGUCAUAGGCCCCAAGCGUAUGUUCGGCGCCAGCGAGCUGAAAGUCCUGCCAUACGGCUUUCUCAUCGGCGCUGUAGCGCCACUCGCUGUAUACGCCUUGUAUCGCGCGUUUCCAAAGUCGAAGCUCAAGUUCCAUCUCUGGAACACUACGAUAUUCUUCUCUGGAAUUACUGUAUUUUACGGCAACCUGUCGACGGGUUACUUCAGCGCUUGGAUUGGCGGAUUUGUAGCCAUGUACUGGAUCUUUCGGCACCACUUCAAGAUCUGGAAGCGGUACAAUUACAUUGUUGCUGCAGCGUUCGAUGCGGCGUUCAAUUUCAACAUGCUGCUGAUAUUUCUGUUCUUUGGGAGUGGGAAGCAGAUUAAGAUGCCGGCUUGGUGGGGAAAUAAUACGGAUAAUGUUGAGAGAUGUUUCGCUCUGGAAUGAGUAAUUUGGAUCCAAGCACAAAUUACCCAAAGAUAUCUUAAUCGCCACUCUUAAGCAGAAUGGCAGACACUUCUACAUGCCCAGAAAAUAAUACUGCGGAAGCGCUGGUAUCAUGUAUGCUCACCCUUGCCGCGGGUAGCCUUUGUUGCUGACAUAGCUAUCCACCUCCUUGCGAACGCCCGGCUUAUAUGCACAUGUAAGCUGGUCACAGGUGUAUCACAUACGUGGCAGCAUCCGCCUUGAGCAAUCUUUUCGACUAUCCUGUGUUCAAGGAUAUAGUUGCAUGUGAUGAGGUCGAUGGGUGCGCGGUGCGGAACGCUUGGUCAGAUGAUGCACACGGGCAGAGGGAUAUCGAGAGUACCAAAUGGAUAACUGGUGUACGGUGCGGCACGGCUUAACAGCUGCCAAGACAUAUAGUCGCUUUUCAUUUCAUGCAUGUGGGU